GACUGGCUCGACCAGAACCUGCUGACCACGUACCUCGGCAGGCUGCGGCGGCGGCUCGAGAACUUCCAGAUCCCGGACGUGGCGGUCCUCCUGGAGGCGUUCGAGAACCCGAAGUUCAGGCAGAGCAGCUACCUGAAGGACGCGCUGACGCACCUGACACUGCUGCUGCAGCACCGGGAUGACGCCAAGGUGGAGGACCUUGCGCGUAGCUGCGCCGCGCUGGCGGCGCUGAGGCCGCUGCAGUGCGAGCUGCGGGGCGAGCCCGCCAAGGGGCUACUUCGGCCCCUGGAGGCCGCUUUCGGGUGA